AAGAGACAUGCACAACUUUUUCUUUUACUGAACCAGUAUAAACAGCAAACUGAGCUGAAACAUGAAGCAAAAGAUUGUUAUCGAGGUACAGAUGCACUGCUCAAAGUGCCGGUCCAAAGCUCUUAAAAUUGCUGCAGUGGCUGACGGUAUAGUUGAUUUUGUGGGAUUGGAAGGUCCAGAGAAGGACAAAGUGGUAGUGAUUGGGCACAAUGUUGACUCUUCUGGCUUGACAAGUUGUUUGAGGAAGAAAGUCGGGCAUGCAAAUAUAAUCAAAAUUGAAGAGGUGAAACCCGAAGAAAAGAAGCGAGAAGAAAAGAAACCAGAAGAGAAAAAACCAGAUGAAAAAAUGCCUUGCAUCCAAUAUCCAUAUGGACCAUAUCCGUACUUUGACAAGGUUUUUGUUUACGAGGAUGAUUAUCCAAACAAUAGAAACUGUUGUCAAAUGUGAGAUUUCAGACUCAAUGUAUUGGGCACAAUCAGCUAUCUAUGUAAUAUGCAUCACUUGUGCUGAUUGGUAAAAAGAAAUGGAUGAAGCUGAUGCAAACUGCCAAACCUCAGUUCCGGUAUAUGAUCCGACUACACCAGGGAAAACCAUAUUGUGCAUAUGUAUUUAAAUGUAAAACAUGUUAUAAUUCUAACUAUCUCCACAGAAAUUUG